AUGAGUGAAAAAUUGAUGAAAAAUGAGAAAGGAAGUAAAUAAAUCGGAUUUUAUACUAAACUUAUUGGCGAAAAAGAAGCAUGUUAUGAAGGAUAGUUCAAAGAUCAUAUAUAAAUUUAUAAUGGAAAAGCAUAAAUAGAUAAUAAAAUUGUGAGAAAUAAAUUAAUUUGUGAAAUAAUUGGCGAUUUAAAUUAGUUUUAGCAGCAAGAAAAUAUAAUAGGAGAAUCCAUUAAAAAUGAAUAAUAUAGUAUUUGUAUGACUAACAAUUUCAACACUAAAUAAUACUAUACUGUUUAACAUUUAUAUUAUCGUAAAGAUGACACAUGUUCUGUUUCUGUUAAAACAUGUAUUUCAUAGGAUUCUAAAAAAUUUGUAGUUUUAAAAAUAUUAGAAAAAACAUCUAGGCAAACAACAGAAUAAUUUGAAAAUUAAGUUUAAUACGAAAUUGAUAUUUUAAAAUAUAUUAAUAAAUCAAACACUCUAAUAACAUUACCAUUUAUUAAAGAAGAAAUUUUAUAAGAGCCUAAUCAACAAAGCAAGGUGUAUAUUUUAAAUAUAGAUUCUGGCAUAAAAAACUUAUUUUAAGUGAAACAUUUCUAUCUUGCAAAUAAAAACUAUGAAGAAUACAAUAGUUUGUAAAAUAGCCCAUUCUGA